AACUUGUAUUGGCUGACUUGUUAAAUUUUUCAUUCAACCAUUUAUAUACACAGUAAUACGAAUCUCCGUACAAUAUAACAUCAUUUUAUGAGUACAAUGAUCACUUAGCUAAAAGACGUGCUACCUGCUGAGUGAAAUUACUAUCAGUGUUCAAAGACAUCUCCAUAUCUCAAUUUGAAGUCUGCUACAGAUCCCUAUAAAGUAGUCUGAAAAUUACCUACGUGACGUAAUUAUCUGAUACGCUAUCAGUACUGACAGUAUAGGCGUUCAGGUUUACUCAUAGUAUCCGUAGUAUGCAUUUCAUCGUGUAACAAUAGUUUUAAUCAGCGGGUAAUGCAAUCUACAAUUAAUUCCAUUACAAUGGGACGUUGGUUAUUCAUUACUCUUCUUCAUUUUUCUAUUUGGUGUGGCUGCCAUUCUACUGUAUGCGAAAUAUGCAUAUGUUCAAAUACAGAUAAUUCACGCACCGUGGACUGUAGAGAAAAACGUUUGGAAACUCAAAAUACGCUUGAAUUUGAUUUAAUGAUGUUCGACGAGGAGAAAAAUUUGAAUAACUUAAUAUUGUCUGAGAAUGGAAUAUUUUCAUUAGCCGUGGAUACUUUUAAGAAUCUAAAAAACCUCAAAUUUUUAGACUUAUCGAGUAACGGCAUAGGCAAUAUACCCAGGGAUUCUUUUGGCGACUUGAUUAAUAUUGAAGAACUUGAUCUUUCGAAUAAUUAUUUGAGCAUACUCGAGGAAUACGAAUUGGAAAAUUUGUCUACUUUGAAAAAGUUAAACCUGAGCAUUAAUCUUUUUGAGGAAUUGCAACAAGGCAUUGGAGAGAUAUUAUUAAAUCUGACGCACCUUGAUAUCUCACAUAAUAAGCUACGGAUACUAACAAAUGGAUCAUUAAAAUUAUUAACUCAUCUCCAAUAUUUGGAUGUAUCACAUAACAAAAUAGCUUCUUUGGGGAUUGAUAAUUUGGUCCAUCUUGAUCAGUUGGAAACGCUACGCAUUAACAACAAUCUUCUCGUGACUUUGUCGCCUGAUGAAUUACCACAAUCCAUCAAAUAUUUGUAUGCUGGAUAUAAUAUGGUUGCGACAAUGCCUUCCAGUUUGUCGCAAUUGGAAAUAUUGAGUGUUGAGCAUAAUCUUAUUUCUGAAAUUGAUACUGAAGCGCAAUUUAGCCAGCUGAAAAAAAUGGAUAUUAGCAAUAACGCUUUUACCGAUUUUCCAAUGGCUAAACUUGAUAAACUUGAAACCUUGGAUAUAUCCAGUAACAAACUUUCUGCAAUACCAUCCUCGUUAACAGUUGACAAUUUUCCUGUACUAAGUACAAUUUUUAUCGGCGAUAAUCCUAUUCGAGAAUUAAAAUUCCCUGGUAACCUCCUAUUACGAAACCUCGUAGUAAAGUCUUUUAAUCUUCUGGAAAAAGUUGAACAAGAUGCUUUUUCGGGAAUAAAGAAUUAUCCCGACGAAUGUCUUCAUUUAACGAUAUCGAGUAACAAGAAACUGCAAUUCAUCCAUGAACAUUCUUUGGAUAAUCUCAAUAUUUGUUCUCUGGACUUGAGUUACAACAAGCUGACGACCAUCCCACGGAAAUUACUUUAUGCAGAGAAAACGUUAAAAAUACAUGGCAAUAUUAAUGUGCAAGGAAAUCCGUUUAAUUGUGAUUGCACAUUGCAAUGGAUGCUGAGCGAUCUGGUUAAAGAAAUUUAUGUGAGGAAUUCAACACUUCUGGAUGAUCUCAGGUGCGCAACGCCUCCAGAAUUAGCCGACAAGCGAAUGGUCCAUUGGUACAACUGGCAAGAACAAGUUCUUUGUGAUAAAUCGCCUAUUUUAUUAUCAAAAAUCAGGGUAGAAACAGCUGGGAUUAUGAGUGUAAACGUAGGUGCGAUUAAAUUAGAAUCUAGUACCGGUAUGCUAGCUGUAGUAGUUGGUGCUGCUGUCGUUCUGUCAGUUCUUGUCAUUAUUGGGAUAGUUUUAGCACAGAAAGUCGUUCGUCAAAGAUCACGACGAAAUCGAAGAUUCUAACUAGUCUCAUAAUAUUAUAUAAAGUUAUAAUUACAUUAAACAUAAUUAUUCCAUUAUAAAAAAUGUUUACCUGUUUUGAAUACGCUUUGCAUUUCAAUGGUCAAAAUUGUAAACGUAAUACAAGAUUUAUUUUUGUAUAAUUUA